CCGAUUAUUUCUCAAGAUGCCGCGCAAAUCGUGGUUACGCUCCACUUUCCGGAAUGAAGUGACUCUCGAGGCCUGUUGUCACUCACCCUGGGAUCCACAUUUUCCCAUUAUUGCCAAGUGGGCGACCCACUUUGCAAACGUGUCUCUUUAGUGCCCUGAGUCGUCAUCCGUCGUCUCGUGUGUUUCUUUCAGCCAUGUCUGAUAUCGAAGAGGAAUACGAAGACCAGGCAGAGGAGGAGGUAGAAGAGGAGGAGGAGGAGGAGCUACAGCAGCAAGAGGAGGAAGAGGAGGAGGAGGAGGAGGAAUAUGAGGAGCAUCAUGAAGAAGAGCAGCCGGUGUACGAGGAUGAAGCAGAGGAGGAACGUCCCAAACCGAGACCGAUGGUCCCUCAAAUUGCGCCACCCAAGAUUCCUGAAGGAGACAGAGUUGAUUUUGAUGACAUCCACAGAAAGCGAAUGGAGAAAGACAUGCUGGAGCUGCACACACUGAUUGACGUUCACUUUGAACAGAGGACGAAGGAUGAAGAGGAGCUGAUUGGGCUCAAGGACAGAAUUGAACGCCGUCGGUCAGAGCGGGCAGAAAUCCAAAGAGUCCGAGCAGAGAAGGAGAAGGACAGACAAAACAGGAUUGCGGAGGAGCGUCAGAGGAAAGAGGAGGAGGAGGCCAAGAAGAAGGCUGAGGAUGAAGCCAAGAAGAAGAAAGUGCUAUCUGGCAUGGGGGCCAACUUUGGAGGCUUCCUGGCCAAGGCCGAGUCGAGGAAGGGCAAGCGCAUGACCGGCAGAGAAGUCAAGAAGAAGACUCUGGCCGACAGGCGUCAGCCGCUUGGCAUCGAAAGCAUGAGGGAGGACUCCCUCAGACAACGAGCCCAGGAGUUGUGGAACUGGAUCCACCAGCUGGAGUCGGACAAAUUCGACUACAUGGAGCAUAUGAAGCACCAGAAAUACGAGAUUAUUGUGCUGCUUAACAGAAUUCAACACGCUCAGAAAUUUAAAAAGGGGCCCGGCAAAGGGAAAGUGGGCGGUCGCUGGAAGUAAAAAGCGCGAAAGGAAGAAGCAUUCAUCCAAACCGAAGUAUUUGCAUUGUGGAGAGGAAGGGAGGAAGGGAGGAAGGAGAGGAAGGACAGCAUUCUUCAACCUGCCGCAGCUGUGUGGCUUUUCUCUGCGUGAGAGCGAUUGUUUAUUGACAACGUAUUAUCAUAAAACGACGUGAUCUCUG